AUUUUGUUGAUGUCAUAUCUAGCAAUCUAACGGCUUUAGAGCUGCUAAUUCAAGAGACGCUCUCGGAGUGCUGCAGCAAAAAAAAAUUCGAUAUUUGCCUCUAAUUACCCACUCUUCUUAUUCUCUUCUUCCAUCUCAUCUUUUUUUUUUCAUUUGUUUCAGUCAAAACACAAAGCCAAACCAAAUAGAGGAUAGUCAUCAACAUUGCGAGAUCUUAUAAUUUAUCUAAAAAAAAAAAAAUCUUCGACGAGGAAAGACCGAGAGGGAUGGCUGAAGUUGCUACUAUUGCUGCUGUUGCUACUGCAUCGGUGGCAAUACUGAAAACUUUUGUACUUCCUGAAAUCACUAGUAAGAGACAAGUCCGAUAUGAAAUCGAUCAGCUUGGGACGACCCUCCAGUGGUUGCGUUUAUACGGGGAAGAAGCAUACAAAAACCGUAAAUCAGAUAAAAAGUACAAACUUUAUAUGAAUCAAAUGCUUGAUAUAGCCCUAGAAGCUGAGGAUAUCAUCGAAGAAUUCAUCAUCAAGACCAAACGUGGUCGAAAUUCCAUCAACUUAGAACUUUGCCAUGACUUAAGAGAUCGGAUUAGAAACAUCAAUGAAAAGGUCAAAUUAAUACCGGGAACGCCUCAAAGUACCGGUGAUGUCCCUGGAUCUUCAUAUCGUGAUUCAUCAUUUUUUCCGGUGCAACAGAAGAUAAAGGUCAGAAGAGCUGAAAUCUUCAAAGAGGAAGAAAUACGCGACGAGGAACCCGUGAAAAUGUACGAGAAUAGCGAGAAACAAGUCAUUGACUUGUUGACGGGAGAGGAUAAGGAACUACGCAUAAUUUCAAUCAUAGGAAUGGGUGGUGUUGAAAAAUAUACUCCGGAAGAAGUCUUUAUGAGCAUCAUGAAAAGUUCUGGUUCCGGCGACUCUGAUGCGGAGGUAACGAGCGAGAAGGUCAGUGCAUGUCUGAAGAGAAAGAAGUACUUGAUAGUGUUAGAUGACAUAUGGGAUAUCGACGCUUGGACGAAGUUAAAAGGUGCUUUUCCGAAUUCAAAAAAUGGAAGCAGGGUGUUACUUACUACUCGCCACAAACGUGUAGCUCUGGAAGCUGAUAAAUCUUCAACUAGCAACAACAUCCAUGAGUUAUCCGCAAUAAAUGAUGAAAAGAAGAGUUGGGAACUCUUUCUGAAGAACUAUCUACCAUACAGCAGCGGCUUGGUGUCUGAUAUCGAUGCGUAUUUUUCUUCACAUAAUUUGGUGGAGAUCGGAAACCAGAUGAUGAAAAAGUGCCACGGGUUACCUCUCGCAAUAGUGGUGCUUGGAAGCCUCUUAUCGUCCCUAGAAAGGAAACAGUCCGAUCGGCCUAUAAAUUCAGUAUGGUCCGAAGAAUUUUUGCGGUCAAGUUGGCUUUGUAGUCAAGGUGAUGAUUCCCACAAAUGUCCAGGAAUUCUAGCGUUGAGUUAUGAUUUCUUGCCCUAUCACUUACAGCCGUGCUUUCUUUACAUGAGUCUUUUUCCUGGAACUAGUAUGAUACGUGUGACCAAGUUGUUUCAAUACUGGAUUGCCGAAGGAUUUAUUCAGAGCAGCAACGGAUCAGGUCAAACGUUGGAAGACAUUGCAAAAGAUUACUUGGAAGAAUUAAUAGAUGGAAGCUUGAUCCAGGUCGGUAAAAGGAGGAGUGAUGGAAGUGUAAGUACUUGUCAUAUUCAUGGUUUACUUCAUAGCAUCUCUGACUCUGAAUCUACAGAAGAUAAGUUUUCUCAAACCUUUGAUAGCGUCGAUGAAUUUAAUAGUAAACAAGAUAGUAGCAGCCGACGGGUUGUUGUUUACUCUAAAGAGCAGAAUGAGAAGUACUUAUCUGGAUCUCAUAAUCCUCGGGUCCGUGCUUUGAUGUGUCAUGGGGAUGUACAUUUUCCUAAAGAUAAAUGCUUCAACUCUUUAUUUGAGGGUUUCAAAUCACUGAGGGUAUUGGAACUCAACGGAUAUACAAAAGGUAUUGUCUCAUUACCGAAGGCAGUAGAAGAACUCAUACAUCUGAGGUACUUGAGCUUCGGGGAAACCAAAUUACAAAAGAUUAACACAAGUUACUUGAGAAAGCUUGUCAAUCUCCAAACUCUUAACCUCAAAGGUCAUGAAGUCGUGGCCGGUGACCAAUCAAAGAAAAAAUAUGUCGUGCUAGAUGAUCAGAUUUGGUACUUGAACCAAUUGAGACAUCUAUAUCUGAAGAACAUUGGACUACCUGCAGCAAAUCAUAAAAGGAACUGGCCGAUGUCUACUGUUCCAAAGUUUGGGAUUGAUAAUCUAAAACAACUCCAGCUGUUAUUCGUUCAGGCUGGGGAUUGGAUAAACGAUGGCGGGUUGGACAAGCUGAGCUCCGUCAGAAAGUUAAAAAUAGAAGAGUGUUUGAGUUCACAUUCAGAGAAGAUUUGUGGAGCCGUUGCAAAGUUUACGGAGCUUCGGUCGUUGGCGUUGAUAUACAAAACCUGCAUCGACCAGCCGGUAAUAAAUGAAGAGUUACCCCUAGCAUCUAUCCAUCUUUCAGACCAUACUUCUCUCAUAAGUUUACAUUUAAAGGGACGCAUCCUCAAUUGGUCCAGAAAUAUAAUUUCAUUCCCAUCACAACUUUGUAAGCUAAAGUUGAGCUGGUCAUGGAUUACUGAAGACCCCAUGCCGAUUCUGGAGAAUUUGUCUUCGUUAAGAUUCCUACACUUAGGUUUUGAAUCUUACAGAGGGGAGCGAAUGGUUUGCUCAAGCGGAGGUUUUGUCAGUCUCCAAACCCUGGAACUUGUUUCGAUACUGAGCUUAACGAAAUGGAAAAUAAACAAGAGGGCUCUAGUAAGUCUGGCAAAGUUGGUUAUACGUGGUUGCGAAAAUUUGAAGAAGAUUCCUCGGGGGUUACGACAUUUAAAUACACUAAAAAACCUAAGAGUAGCUAAUAUGCCACAGCUCUUCCUUAGCAGGAUGGCAGAGAAUGUAGGCAAGGAUUGGCGUAAGAUCCAACAUAUUCCUUCCAAGGAUAUACAGAUUUUCCUUCCUUAAGUUAUCUUCAUUCCAAUUUUUGUCUUUUUUUUAAGCAAUAUUUGGUUUUUGGUUGUUCUUAUCAUUGUUGUUGUUGAAUUCGUAGUUGAGGUUCUUUUAUCUUUAGCAAUCGAAAUUCUUUCUUUUUCAAUCUAAAGAAAAACAGAAAGUUGGUCAUCUUUUAACA